AUGGCCCCGGAGAGGGAUCUUCACAAGUUUCCAAAAGGAGAACGCUGUGAAUUCUGCGGUUCUCGCAAAUGGUACCUCGAAAAUGGUUUGAGAUUCUGCGCUAAGGAAGGCCACCAGCUUCAAGGAUAUGUUGAAUUUGACCUCGGCGAUGAGGAUUUCGGACAGAAGGGUCGAGUAGCUCGGAAGGAGAAGCAAACCAAGGAGCGGAUCAGACGAGUGCUCACCGGCCAACAAGCACGAGAUUUGUAUCUUGAGUGCCUGCAGCUUAUCCUGAGAGAGCAGGUAAUUUGGCUGGUCGCCGCAAAGGGGCAUAAGCCGGAACUAGAAACAGUUGUCCGCGAUCUUUGGGAUCUCCGCAUCUCCGGAGCUGCGACAGCUGUUCAGGAUGACUCGGCCUCGGAGGGGGAGCCCUCCCUAUUCAGCUCGCAACUCGACCUCGCCCAGGAUGAGGAACACCAGUCUCGGAAUCGAAGAGCACAGGGCUGGAAGGGAGAGAAUGGGAGCGAGUGGCCGGCACCCCGAAUAAUUGACACAUUGGGUCUUUGCUUCCUGGGGUGCAUGUUGCUGAGGAUACCCACGCGCAUUGGUGAUCUUUGCAAAUGGGCGAGAGGGGGAAGCAUCCCGUACAAAGAAGCUUACCGCCAGCUACCUCAGGAGAUGCGUGAUCGGUUGCCAACUUGGUACACGACACCACUCAAGUCGACAAGCCUAGCUGCUUUCGAUAAUGGAGAACUGCACGCUUCAGUCAUGAAUCUGGCCUUAUCAUAUCACCUCAACUACAACAUGAUCUUCCCACCGCUCAACGAUGUACUAAUGACAUUACAGUAUGCACGUGAGCUGGGCCUGCCUAUUGAGACGGUAGCGAUUGCGCGCCGCGUUCCGCCUAUCGCCAACUUGACCUUCAGUUUUCCGCUGGAGAAGAUCCGGAUCCGUCUCAUAAAUCAACCAGAAAUUCUCCUCGUCACCAUCCUUGUCCUUGCUGCGAUGCACUGUUUUCCACUCGAGGAUAGCAUGCCAGCUCCUCAAGACGGAAACAACUUCAUCGUGCCUAAGCUCGACUGGAAAGAGUGGAAGAGGAUAAUGACUUCAGCCUUGGCUCCAGAUGAAGCUACGUCUAUCGUUGAUUACACAGAGGUUACGGCGUCUCAGAUCACAUCGAUGAGCCCGGAAGAGCUGGAUGAGUACUUUGCACAACUUUCACUGCUGACUGAAGCACAAACCGAAGAGACACUACUCGCGAGAUACUUCCCCGUCGGCGAGCAAGUCCACAAACAGACAGUGUCCGAGACAACAGGUGAAGACAUGGCCGGAAGGUUGCGCGCUGUUCAAACACAGGCAACAUCGUUUUUCGACUCAGAUACACAUGACAGACAUGGGGAGGAGAGUUUGAGAACCAGUCGAUAUCACUCGUACAAAUCAGAGGAAGACCUUCCUCCCAUAGGUAGGGAUUUCUUUCAGCUGGCGGCGCGGCUGGCAGGGCUGUCCGUCCCAAUGUUGGUGCGAGCCGUCAAUAUGCUCGAGGGCCACAUCGUGACCUGGCAAAAGGAGCAACGCAGGGCAGCCAGCGAAAGACGUGAACGAUCGCGGUCUUUCGUGCCUAUGGAGUCGGAUACUGAGCAGCCAACAUAUACUGAGUAA